GCUUGAUUAACUAGAUUACAUGAUGAUUCAGUAAUGUUAUGAAUGACUUCAUCACAUCACCCCACCCACAAGAUAGAGCAGCUGGCUCGUGACGUCAUACCAUGAGAGGAGGAUCCAUAGACUUGAUACAGCCGCCAUAUUGAACGAUUGGCCAAUGACUAUCGUGUGAUGAACGCCUCUUCCUUGUAAAACGACAUCUGUUUUACUACCUUUAAAUGUGAUCAGUUCAUCUAGGAGUUGAUGUAGACGACGGAACGGACUGAUUUACCGUUGUUUAACAUAUUCUUCUGCUAAAGAAGCCAGAAAUUAUCUCCAGAUUAGCGAAUUGUGCAUCUCAUCAUGGCGGCAGGGCCAUAUAACUACUCUUAUAUCUUCAAGUAUAUCAUUAUAGGAGACAUGGGGGUCGGAAAAUCAUGUCUCUUACAUCAGUUCACAGAGAAAAAGUUUAUGGCGGAUUGUCCUCACACAAUUGGAGUUGAGUUUGGAACAAGAAUAAUAGAAGUCUCUGGUCAGAAAAUCAAAUUACAAAUAUGGGACACAGCAGGUCAGGAGAGAUUCAGGGCAGUAACUAGGAGUUAUUACAGAGGAGCCGCUGGAGCAUUAAUGGUUUAUGACAUCACAAGACGAAGCACUUACAAUCAUCUCAGUAGUUGGCUUACAGAUGCCAGAAAUCUUACCAAUCCAAAUACAGUAAUAUUUCUUAUUGGCAACAAGAGUGAUUUAGAAGCUCAACGAGAUGUCACGUAUGAAGAAGCCAAGCAAUUCGCAGAAGAAAAUGGUCUACUUUUCUUAGAAGCUAGUGCAAAGACUGGUGACCAUGUAGAAGAAGCAUUCCUGGAUACUGCCAAAAAGAUCUACCAAAACAUCCAAGAUGGAAGUCUCGAUCUGAAUGCCGCUGAAUCAGGAGUCCAACAUAAACCCGCCGCUCCCCGCAGCAAUCAACUGAACACUGACCAACAGCCUGGCAAAGACGGCUGUGCGUGCUAACAUCAUCUCCUCAUCGUAGCUUCCGCCGCCUCUUUCUUUCUUUUCUCUCUUCUCCAUCUAAUCUGUGGAAGGUGAUGAUCGUCGGUGCUCACAGGUCCAUGGUACAGUGGAGGUCCACCUCAAGGGGGCGCCCUCUGAAUGGAAAGGGCUUUUAUUCAUUGUAAUUUAAGAGCAAUGGAAGUGCCCUUAACCCUCUGGGUUAUAUUCUUGAAUCAUUAUCUUUAGCUAUUUUAAGUUCGUAGUGCAUAUGCAUGAUGUGCAGACGAUAGUUGAUUUUGUUUUUAAUUUCUGUUUCAUGCGUCGGUCAUAGUACUAGGAUACUGUUGCAGCUAUUUUGAAGUUUGUGACAGGUUUUGUUUGUGGAAUGUACAAGUAUCUUGAUUGAUACAAAAAACAUGAAAGCAUCACAUAUAUUGUUCUUCCAAAAUUGAUUUAGUGGUACCUCAAAAUAAAAUGAAGAAAAUUUCAUCUCUCAUUGGAUUACAAGCAAGUUACUUCGUCUUGAAUGAUUUCACUAAAGAUUCAAAUUCUAUUUGAAUUGUUUAAUCAAUGUACACUCUGUGUGACUGACACAUGUCCUUUCCUGGUUUCACUCUUUGUGCAAUGAGAGGAGUAGAUGAUAUUCUAAAAGAUCAUUCGUAAUCUAGUAAUGUUGGGAUUCAAUUAUUUAAGACUCAAUGUACUAUAUGUGUUUUUCCAUUGUAACGUGGAUAAAACGUAAAAAACAGGAGUAAUGAUUCAUUAAAAAGUGCACAUUAGAAAUACUUAUUAUUGAUAAAACAUAUACUACAAAAUUCAAAAUGAUGUGCAUGCUGUCAAAAGGUUUUCUGUGCUACUUCAAUCAAAUCAUUCACGGUCCUUAUGAAAGUGAUAGAUUUCUGGUUGGCUUUACAUCACUUUGACAAUAGGAGAAAACACUGAGUUGUGAUGGAUAAAGAUAAUUGAGUUCUUGCAAUGCUUACAAACACAGUAAAGUAUGUUCAUGAGGUGGCUGUGCUAUACAAAUUCAUUUUAUUGCAUUAUUGAUUUAUAAUGACAAAGUUGCCAGUUGACAAAAUGUAAUUCACAUAUAUUCCAUAAAGUUGCUAGUCUCCACUCUGGCUUAAGUCAAGUUAGAACCAAGGACCUGGGAGCAUUGAACAUGAUCGACUUCACAGAAAAAAUAGUAUCCCAACCAUGAUGAUUGUGAUUCUAUUCUGUUUCACAGAUGGUAGUAUGGAAAGAGACAAAAAGGAUACCUCUUUUGUUGACUUCGCUCAACAUGCGGGACAGACUGAUCGAUAUUCUGUUGUUUUUUUUUCAUUCAAAUGCAAUAUGUGUACAUGACUUAAUCUUAUGAUUUAUUGAAAUGUGUUAUCUUGUGUAGUUCCCUUUUUAGUUAUCCCAUGUGUACUCGCCCAAAUGACUAGAAUAAUUCUGUACUGCGGAAUGAAGGUCACACAAGUGGAGUGAACAAAAGAGGUUUAGAUCUCUUAGAUUGGUAUUUUCAUAUUGUUUGAUUCUGUUAUUUUUCGGUUAGAUAAGUAGCAUGUAUGGAUGUUCAGAUGACAAUUGCGUGAUGUGCUAAAUUCCUUAGCAUUGUCUUAUGAUAUUGAUUAAUAUAAGAAGAUUGCUCUUAGCCGAUUGGCACUUCAUAGACUGUACAUUCAACGCAGAGCUUAUUAUAAUGAGAAACCUAUUGUAUUAUGUAAAUACUUAUAUAUAUUAUAUAAAUGGUACUUGUAGCAAUGAACUGCGUUCCCAUUGGCACGAUCUCAUUUGUUGGGCAGCUCUUUGUGAGGAAGAUGCACAUUGCCAAGUAUGUAUUUUUUUUUUGAGUUGUGUAUUCGUCUGCAUCCAUAACCUCUGUCACUGUGUUCGUGCAGUCCAGAGAAUAGAUUUGUCCGGCCUCAAUAAGUGGUACGCAACAAAUGUGAUGGCCGUGGGAACAGCUUCAAAGGGAUGUGUAAAAUGUGUAAAUCAUGGCUUUGC